GCCUCCGCCGAUAAGAGCCUCACGCUUGCCAAAUCCGCCCGCUUCGAACGAGCGAGCAAUGGAGAUGACGGUGGGCUUCCGCUCUCCUCUCAGCUUUCUCCCCCAAAACAACCCUAACUUCAGCCCUCGAGAAGCUCCUCCUUCGCUCCGCCUCGCUAAGGAGAUCUUUGGCGGUAGUCCGUGCCUAGGUUUAGCCAUCAAAGGUAGCAAGAACCCCGCCAUCCGGUUGAGGUCCUCGCGUCGAACAGCUACCAGGUGCUCGGUUUCAUCGACAACAGAAAUCACCUCUGUAGGGAAAAAGAAGUUAAUGACAAGAAGAGAUGUACGGAACAUAGCGAUUGUUGCUCAUGUAGAUCAUGGGAAAACAACUUUGGUGGAUGCAAUGUUGAAGCAAGCGAAGGUUUUUCGUGAUAACCAAGUUGUACAAGAGAGGAUAAUGGAUUCUAAUGAUCUGGAAAGAGAGAGGGGAAUUACGAUACUCAGCAAAAAUACAUCAAUAUCCUACAAGGGCACUAAGAUAAAUAUCAUCGAUACUCCAGGUCAUUCUGACUUUGGCGGGGAAGUGGAGCGUGUCCUCAACAUGGUGGAAGGAGUUCUUCUAGUGGUAGAUUCUGUGGAGGGACCAAUGCCACAGACGAGAUUUGUUCUAAAGAAAGCCUUAGAAUAUGGUCAUGCUGUUGUUGUUGUUGUGAAUAAGAUUGACAGACCUUCAGCUCGUCCAGAUUUUGUGAUCAAUUCCACAUUCGAACUUUUUAUCGAAUUAAAUGCAACAGAUGAACAGUGUGAUUUCCAAGUGAUUUAUGCAAGUGGCAUCAAAGGGAAGGCAGGACUUUCUCCAGACAAUCUGGCGGAUGAUCUUGGACCUCUUUUUGAGGCUAUUCUUAGAUGCAUACCAGAGCCCAGUAUUAAUAAAGACGGUGCAUUGCAGAUGCUUGUAACAAAUAUUGAAUAUGAUGAGCAUAAAGGGAGAAUAGCAAUUGGACGAUUGCAUGCUGGAAUGUUGCAGCGAGGAGUGGAAGUGAAGGUAUGCACAUCAGAUGAAACAUGUAGACUCGCAAAAAUUAGUGAACUUUUUGUGUACGAAAACUUCACCAGAGUUCCGGCUGAAAAUGUGGAGGCUGGUGAUAUCUGUGCUGUAUGCGGUAUUAGUGACAUAAUGAUUGGGGAGACUAUAGCUGAUAAAAAUUCUGGGAAGGCAUUACCUGCCAUUAAAGUGGAAGAGCCAACAGUGAGAAUGUCAUUCUCUAUCAAUACUUCACCUUUUGUUGGUCGAGAGGGGAAAUAUGUAACAAGCCGAAAUCUUCGAGAUAGGCUCUACCGUGAGCUCGAGAGAAAUUUGGCUAUGAGAGUAGAAGAUGGUGAAACAUCUGACACAUUUAUUGUUAGUGGGAGGGGCACGCUGCAUAUUACCAUCUUGAUUGAAAAUAUGCGAAGAGAGGCAUAUGAGUUUAUGGUGGGGCCACCUAAGGUCAUAAAUAAAAGGGUAGAUGAUAAAUUGCUGGAACCUUUUGAGAUUGCUACUGUGGAGGUGCCAGAGGUAUACAUGGGACCUGUAGUGGAACUUCUAGGAAAAAGGCGUGGGCUAAUGUUUGAUAUGCAAGGAGUUGGGUCGGAGGGAACAUCAUUGCUUAAAUACAAGAUUCCCACACGUGGCCUUCUUGGACUGAGAAAUGCAGUCCUAACUGCUUCUCGGGGCACAGCAGUUCUCAACACGAUAUUUGAUAGCUAUGGACCGUGGGCUGGUGAUAUCAGCACACGUGAUCAGGGGUCCUUGGUUGCUUUUGAAAAUGGAACUACCACUUCAUAUGCUCUUUUUAGUGCACAAGAAAGGGGCCAAAUGUUUGUUGGUCCUGGUGCGGAAGUAUAUAAAGGUCAGAUAGUAGGUAUCCAUCAACGACCUGGUGAUUUAUCCCUUAAUGUGUGCAAAAAGAAGGCUGCAACAAAUGUGCGGUCCAACAAGGAACAGACAGUGGUCCUUGAUACACCCUUAAGUUACAGUUUGGAUGACUGCAUCGAAUACAUUCAAGAAGAUGAAUUGGUAGAGGUCACUCCUUCAAGUAUCCGAAUGUGCAAAAAUGCAAAGUUUGCAAAGAGAAAGUGAAGUUUUGUCUGAUAGUUUGUGCUGCUCUGCUAUGAACUUCUGCACAUUUGGUUUGACACCAAUUCCUUCUGCGGCACUAUUUAUAUCCUAAUUUAAUCUCUGCUGAGAUUCUAUAUAAACGUCCUCCUCUACAGCCCACUGUAACAUCAUAGCAACAUGCACAGGUGCCUUACCUUAAAUCUACCAUAACUUACAGCUUCACUGUAAUAAGGUUGGUGCCUUGUUGUCAAGGUGUAUAUAUAAUUAUUAAGAACCUCAGAACGAUGCUCUGAUUUGGGGGCUCUUAAUUAUGUUAAAUGCUCUAUGUUAGGGUUUUUCCCCUCUC